CAAAGAAAACGUUUCCAAAUGCAGAGUGUCUAUUUAUAUAUAUAUAUGUAUGUAUGGAUACAUGGAGGUCAUACAUAGCCACAAGAAGAAACACAAAAUCAAAAACAAAGCUGAAUAGAAUCUUAUAUGGUGUUCUACUAUUUGUGUUUUCAUUUUUUGUUUUAGUGGGUUUGCUUUGUUGUUGCUUGUGUUGAUGGGUUUGCGUUGAGAAGGGGUUUUUAUUAUGAGAAAAGUGAAAUUUAGAAAUGUGAAGGAACUCUAUGACAGUGAUGGUCAAGUUUUGGAUCACAAGGCACAUUCGGCGUGCAUUGAAAGACAGUUCUAAGAUAGAAGGGCCUGCUGGUGAAUCGGACUGCAUUGCUUUGUUGACUAUGCAGCAAUCAUAUGGCAGUGAAGGGGCCCAUGUUGAGAGAGUGAGACAUUUCAAAAGCAGUGAAAUUGAUAUGAAAGAAGAAUUCAGGAAUUGCAACAUCUGUACUAUCCCAUGUUCACAUUGUAGGCAUUCCAAGAAAAUGGCAUCUCCAAUGGGAAAAAAUGCUGAUGAAUUUUCUCAUGAUUGUAAGAGAAAGGAUGUUUGUCAGGGCUCUUUUGAUAGUGUUGAUGUGCUGUCGAAAUCUAUGUGUUGUGCAUGCAAUGGGGGACAUCAUACAAGCAGUGAGAGAAGCAACCUGCUCAGUGCAUGCUCAAGUCGUGAUUCUUUCUCAGAAAAUGUAGAGAGUAAAGAAACUUUGAGGGCUUCUGCUACUUCUGAAGACACUGAUGGGGAAGUUCCAGAGAAUCAUGGUUCUGUGAAAGCAUUAAUCUUUCAUGCUGACAAAAUCUUAUCAAACAGGCUCAGGCAACAGAAAGAAUCAGAAUGCUUCGGUGACAACAUAUCUUCUAUAAGUGGAUCAGACAACACAAAUUUGAUGGCCUGUCAACGAGGCAAUGCAGAGGGGAAAUGUGCAUCAUGUAGUUUGGCUUUGCAAAAUAACUUUCAUGUGGCUGAAACCCCUGUCGGUGACCAACCUGCAUUGUGCUCUGUGCCAACUAGUCGUUUAUGUGAGGUGGAAGAUAAUCAUGCAAGGACUGACAAAUUUACCUAUGAAUCUUCACAGACAAUUGAUAUUUGUUCAAACAAAUCAGACUUAUCAGAAAUUUCUUCCUUAAGAGCUUCUUUUUCUGGCACUAGCUUGUUUAAGGGAGAACCUUCAGGGUGCUGUGAGGAACAAGUGGAGUCGUCCUUGAUAAGAGCUGCAAGCUGUGGGUUUGGUCAUCAGAUUAAUGAUGUACGUAACAAUGCUGAGUUGUUAAAACCUGAUGCCAAAUUGAGUGACAGAAUCCUGCAGGCUGAAGUGGUGAAAUGUCCUAUUCAAAAGGAAGAUAUUGGAACAUCUAGUGCUGGGGUUGAUGAAUCUGAUGUGGUUAAACAUCCGCUGGAGUCACAGCCUGUUGACUAUGACAAAGUAUCCAAUCCUGCUGAGAUUGAACUAAGAGUUUGUGAUAUAUGUGGAGAUUCUGGUCGGGAGGACUUGCUUGCUAUCUGUGGCACCUGCAGUGAUGGAGCGGAACAUAUCUAUUGCAUGCGUGAAAAACUGGAGAAGAUUCCUGAAGGAGAUUGGAUGUGUGAAGAAUGCACACUCAACAAAGGAAAAGAAAGGAAUGUGAAACAUAAAGUUGAAAAAGAAGCUGUGAGAGGAUCAAUUCAACCUUCCUCGAAUACGGCAACACAAAACUUCAGAAAUUCUAGUGUUUUGGAUCAUAAUAGUAGUUUGAAACUGAGUAAUAAUAGUUCAGUAAUAAAAAAAAGCAGAAGUAAAGUUAAAUCCAGUCCUUGCUUCUCUUCUAAGAGAUCUUCAGGCAAUUCAGAAGCUAUGUCAGUGACCAAAAGGACAGUGGUCAAAAUGGUCGAACAAGAAAGGGCUUCCAGACCCUCAAGCAAAACUUGCCCUAAUUCUUCAUUCAAUAAGGAGAAAUCAAAACAAACUCUUGAAGUUACUGCACACGGUGAUUGCUUUUCUAAAUAUACUUUCAGAACAGGAAAUAAGUCACAUGAAGCACAGCCAGAGUAUCAAAAAUCUUAUGGUAUUCUUUCUAAAUCAAAGUCAUUUAAAAUUAUGGACUCGAAAGUGAGAGGCGAUCAGUUGGAAAUAGGUGUUAAACAAAAUUUUGUGGGAGAAACUGCUACCAGUAAGAAUAAGGAGAUGAGAGUCGCUAGAAUGAGGAAGUCUAUAUCAUUUAAUAAUACUAGCUUAGACCACAGAAAUGCUUUAAAUCCAAAAGUUGUGCUGUGCUGUUCUGGAUUUUCCCAUGGUCAGAAUAUGAAGAUAUUAAAGCAUGCCAAAGAACAAAGGUCAAAUGAAACUGAGUGUACUUCGAGAUUUCAGAAUCCUGUUAGUAGUUCUCCUGUGCCUGCCUCUGGUGUUUCUGCAUCAAUUUCCAGUGAGAAAAUUGCUAAUUGUGGUGAAACUAUUAUACUACCCACUGAUGGAUCCAAUUCUCAAGAUCUAGUGGAUGUGCAGCCUCAUGUAAAAUUGAAUAACUUAUCAAAUUCAGCCAGUUUCUCAAACAAAGACUUUCCAAAUGAAGAGAAAAAUGGUGUUUUCAAUGAUGUUGGGCAGUGCAUUUUGCACUCUGCUGACAAGGCCUUGGCUAUGGAGGGAAAUAAUUUUAUUGCUACCAUUGAUUCCAACAAAAGCCCUUCAGCUAAAGUCCUCCUACCCUGGUUUGCUUCUGGAAAUUCUGUUGUUCCACAGCUUAGUUACGUCUGGAAAGGUCAAUUUGAUAUUCAAGGAGGUGGAAGCCUUCCAAGUUCUUGUGGUGAAAUUCAAGCACACAUCUCAACUUGUGCUUCAGCUAAAGUUCAUGAAGUAGUGUGCAAACUUCCUCAGAAGAUUCUACUGGAGAAAGUGCCUCGCUCAAACAAUUGGCCAACUCAGUUCCUGGAAAAUUCCAUCACUGAAGAUAAAAUUGCUCUCUACUUCUUUGCAAGUGAUGUUGACAGCUAUAUAGGAAACUACAAAACUUUGCUUGAUUGCUUGAUUAAGAAUGAUUCAAGUCUCAAAGGAAAAUUUGAUGGGGUUGAGCUAUUAAUAUUUCCAUCAAACCUGCUUCCUGAAAAAUCUCAGCGUUGGAAUAAUCUGUUGUUUUUGUGGGGUGUAUAUAGAGGAAGGAGGGUUAACUAUUCAUCAGAAUCACCAAUUGUGCGGAAUAAUAUUUGUAUCUUUAGCAGGAAUGGAAGGCAAAAUCAGAAGCAAGAAUCGUGUGAUUUUCCAGUGUCUGCUACUCAGAAUAUAUGUUCGUGUGCAGAGUCUAGUAAAAGUUUAUCUGCGUCUGUUACAUCUUCCAGAGAGCAGCAAGGACCAAAAUCCUUUGCCUUGCUGGGACAACUUUCUCCAGAAAGAAAAGCUGAGACUACUGGAUCCAAAAUAUCCUACACUGGGCACAAGGAUAUUAAUAGUCAAACAAGUCUGGCCUGCCAACGAACAAGUAUUAACUAUGCCAAAAAUCAUCUUUCUAGAGAUGCACCACAUAUUGUCUCGUUUGAGAGAGAAAAAGAUUACAAGAGAAGACAGGUAGUUGACCUCAAUCUUCAAGCGGGUAGAGAACUUAACAUCCACAGCAUGAGGAUCAAUGAAGGCCUGAAAUAUAAGCGGUUGAAGACCUGUUUUGAAGAAGCGGCUGAAGUCGGUAGUGAUUCCAGGGACAUAAAGUUUUCGGAUGAGACAACUUCUACCAAAGUAAAUGGGUUUAGUCCAAGUUUUGACAUUGUAAAUCUGGAGCUAUCAUUGGGGGUUGCAAACACUGGUGUAGCAGAAGAGAAAAGCAGGCAACCCAAAGCAAUGAGAAAUAUAGAUAUAAAAGAUGAGAAAUCUGAAUGCUCGGUGCCUCUUGGUCUUUCUCUUGGCUUUACUGAAUGCAAUGAUGUCAACACCUCAUUGUGCUUGUAGUGGGUGGUGGUGCAAAACUCGUAGUUGCAGAGUAAUCCUUUGUAAAUAACAGUUAGUCAACAUAGAUACUGUGUACUAGAUCAUCAAUAAUGAUGUUGACCCGGUUGGCCAGUUUUAUAGAGGAAACUAGUUUAGUUUA